GAGGAUGAAGACCAUUCUCAGCAACCAGACCAUCGACAUUCCCGAGAACAUCUACGUCACCCUGAAGGGACGCACCUUUAUCAUGAAGGGGCCCAGAGGAUCCCUGCGGAGGGACUUCUACCACAUCAAUGUUGAACUCAGUCUCCUUAGAAAGAAAAAGAAGAGGCUGAGGGUUGACAAAUGGUGGGGAAACAGAAAGGAACUGGCUACCAUUCACACUGUCUGUAGUCAUGUCCAGAACAUGAUCAAGGGGGUUACAUUGGGCUUCCGUGAUGAGAUGAGGUCUGUGAACGCUCAUUUCCCCAUUAAUGUUAUCACUCAGGAGAACGGGUCUCUUGCUGAAAUCCGAAAUUUCUCAGGUGAAAAAUAUAUCCAGAGAGACCAGCAGAUAAGACCAGGUGUUGCUUGUUCAGUAUCUCAAGCCCAGAAAGAUGAGUUGAUCCUUGAAGGCAAUGAUAUUGAACUUGUUUCAAAUUCAGCUGCUUUGAUACAACGAGCCAUGACAGUUAAACGUAAGGAUAUAAGAAAAUUCUUGGCUGGUAUCUCCAUCUCUGAGAAGGGUACAGUUCGGCAGCCUGAUGAGUAA